ACUUGUGAAGAACCGAGAAAAUGGAAGCCGUCACCUUGGAAACCAAGAUCGGGAUCUUUGUGUCCGAUUAGCCGAAUGCUAACAUCCGCUUACAGUCACUCCUCGCGUAUCUUUGCUAAAUCUCAGAAGGAAAACAUCCAAGGGGAUCCAAACGACUUGGUACUGAAAGUAUUUGGCCCAUCGUGGCUCGCUGCUGGAAAUGGAGGACUCUCUGACGUCAUGCUGCUGCUCGGCUCUCAGACGGCCGUCAUCAUGGCUCGCUGCUGGAGUUACUUAAGAGGACUCUCCAUCUGCGUCACCGUGCUGCUGCUGGUGUCUGGUGUUGUGAUGAUCGGUGUUGGAUUCUCGUCAAUUGAAGGAAACGUACCUGUUGCCAAGUUGUUCGACCAGUUAUCGAUUAGCGACGGUGUGUUGGCUCUGCAGGUGUUCGGCCCGAUCACAGUGAUUCUGUCUGUCCUGGGCAUCAGUGCUGCGGUUUCAAACUACAAACUUUUGCUGCUGCUGUUUUCUGCCUUGAUUUUCGUGGAGUUCGUGGCUCUGAUGAUCGUCGUCUCUCCGUUGGUUCACGUUGAAUCCGAGGUGAACUUCGCUGUGGAUGACAUUUUCCUGAACGUUACUCCUCUUCACAGAGCUGAGCGCUUCAUCCAGACGGAGCUGCAGAAACUCCAGGCCUCAGAUUCCUGCUGCGGUUUAAGAAGUUUUGAGGAUUGGGGGAAUCACCUUCCUGUCUCCUGCUCAUGCUCGCCCCCUGCUGGCCUGAGCGCUCAGACCAGUAACUCCAGCUCACUGGGAUCCUGUGUGAUGACUGGAACAAACCUUCAACCUUCAGAUCUACUCUGGGUUCACUCUGAGCCCUGUGGUCCCAUCCUGAAGAGCUACCUGGGAUUCCCCAUCAAACUCCGGAUCGGAAUAAUCUCCGCCUUCACCACCAUCACGAUAACUGCCAUCGUUCUGUGCCUGGUUCUGGGUCUGGAGGAUCGCUGGAAGAAACCUCCGAUUGAGACGACGGUCGAUGACUUUAAUAGAGUCAAGUACCAACCCAAACCUUCCCUCUCCUGACCUCUGACCCCUGAGCCAAACAGAGCAAGCACUGAUGCUAACACGUAGCCUUUAAGAGGAGCUAGAAAGAACAACACAGGAAGUGCUGUGAGAACCAGAAACGGGUCAUUUGGACUUUUUGUAGUUUCCACCAUCGUAGCUUUUAAUUUUAGUUUUUCACAGAUUUAUUUGUUUAAACACACGACUGAGAGCACAUGUUUGAAUUUCUCUGACAGUCCAGUGGAUUCGGUUCGAUUUGGGACCAAAGUUGAAACAUUUGUUACAUUUUCAGCUGCUGUUUCUCUUUUCCAAACCUGUUUGAAAAACCUGUUCCCCUCCUCGCCUGUAGGGGCGCUCCUUCAAUCCUCUGCUUGCAACUUUUUCCUUAACAAAAUGAAAACAAAACUGGAGUAGCAACAGAUUUUAGCGGUUGUAGGAUUUUUCUUUAGUCUUUUACAAAAGUCUACGAGACAUUUCUCCCUUUAGCGCUAGGCUAGCAGGGCUAGCAUAUGUGUUUUGGUGUAUUUACCCAGAAUUCCCUGUACUGUAGUCCACUUCCUGCUUUUGGAGCCGUCUCCAGUCUGCUUGGUGUUCACAUUUGCAUUCAAACUGCAUCAAAGUUCACGUUUUAGUUCAGUUUCGCAUUCACUUCUCUCCAAACAAACAAACUUUAUGGGACUUUGGAUUUCUCUUCUCCUUCGAACAGCUGGAAAAUUUCAUUCAAAUCAUUUGGUUUCCAGAUAUUUGGUUUCCAAAAUUUCUGAAAGUAUGAACCGUUAGGAAUAGUUAAUGCAUUUCUGACAACUGCACUGCAAAACCACCAACUGUUACCAAGUUUUUGUCUAGUUUUCUGUACCCAAAUUAAAACCCCAAAUUGAUAAUUACAUUUAUGAAAACAUGAAGUUCUAAUUAGAGCAUUUUGCACAUAAGAUUAAUUUUCUUUAAUGACACAAAUUUCUGUUGUGUUUUUGUUGUUUUCUUGGGAAAUCUGGUCCUACAGGGACUGAAGAGACUCUGGAUCAGAAUUUCUGCUUUUAAUGUUGAUUAUUUUCUAAAUGGGAGCCAGUGUGGAAAAACUGCUUCACCUUAAAAUGUUUCUAUGUUUGCAGAAUAUGUUUUAAAAUUUAAUAUAUAGAAAAAUGCUGUAUUCUUUUCUGAAGUGUGCUUUGUAAAUAAAAUGAGUUUACUUUAAAGUUA